GUCACGUGGACAACGGCACGCGUUCCGGUUCCGGCGCGCGGCGGCCCCGUGAGGAGCGAUGCAGCCCGCGGCGCCUCGCCCGGGCCCGGCGGUGGCCGGUACGGCGGCCGUGAGGAAAAAGAAGAAAGUGAAGAAACUGGGGAAAACGAAGAAAAUAGUGAAGCGGCUCCAGCCGUGCGCGGAGACGACUGAGCAGGCGGCGGCUGAGCAGCAGGCGGCGGCUGAGCAGCAGGCGGCGGAGGAGGCGGCUCGCCGCGCCCGGCACUUGAAGGCACUCUCCCGUACGUCGGGCGCCGAGCGGGAGCUGGAGGAGUUGGUGUUCGGCGACAGCCUCAACGCGGAGGAGGACGAGCUGCUGCAGCGCCUGGCCGGCCCCCAGCGGCUUAAGGCUACAGAGAGGAAAAGUCUGCGGAAAGACUCCAGUGAUUCAGAAGUAGAAAAUGAAGCAAAAAGUAAAUUCUUGUCAAAAAAGCCAGCCUGGGUGGAUGAAGAUGAUGAAGCUGAGGAAAAUGUUGAUAUGACCCAUAGGUAUAGGAGAGAUUUCAUGAAAAGUGAUGCUGAGAAGACACUUACUAAGAAAAAGCUAAAAAGAAGACUCGAAGAACAGUUUCAGCGAGCUAUGGGAGGAGUUCCUGCCUGGGCUGAGUUAGGAAACAGGAAGAAAUCCAAAAGGACUGCAAGUGAUAGUGACAGUGAUGAAGAUGAUGAUCUGCUCUGCAGGACUGGCAAUUUCAUAUCAAACUCUGAGUCCCUGCCAAGAGGUAUUUUGAAGAUGAGCACCUGCUUGCCUGCAAAUCAGGAACGUUUUGCUAAUGGAAAACUGGCAACUGUGCAGUUUCAUCCAUCUGCUCAAGUAGUCAUGACUGCUGGACGCGAUCGAUCUGUGUCACUCUUUCAGGUUGAUGGUAUAAGGAAUCCAAAGAUACAGAGCAUCUAUUUAGAGAGUUUUCCAGUCUAUAAGGCUUGUUUCAGUGUUGAUGGAGAACAAGUUAUAGCCACUGGUACUCACCACAAAAUGUUCUUUGUGUAUGACAUGAUGAGUGGAAGUAUUAUUCCUAUGGAGAAAGUAAGAGGUGUGGAGGAAAGAUUUCUCAGAGACUUUGAAAUCUCUCCAGAUGGAUCAUUUAUGCUUGUAACUGGAACUUCAGGUUACCUUUACUUGUUGUCAAUGAAGACAAAGGAACUGAUUAGCACUAUGAAGGUAAAUGGAAGAUGUACUGCAUCUGCUUUCACUCCAGACAGCAGUAAAAUAUAUAGCUAUUCAAAGGAAGGCGAAGUUUUCAUUUGGGAUGUGAGAAGCAGAAAGUGUCUACACAAAUUUGAAGAUGAAGGUUCUUUGGAAGGAAAGUGCAUUGCUGUUUCAAAAAAUAACCAGUAUGUGGCAUGUGGGUCAGCUUCUGGAGUCGUAAAUUUAUAUACUACUGAUGUCUGUCUCAAGGAAAAACAUCCUAAACCAGUUAAAGCCAUAAUGAACCUAGUUACAUCUGCUACAUGUGUGACCUUCAAUCCCACCACGGAAAUUUUGGCAGUGGCUUCCUGUGAAACUGAUGAGGCUGUCAAAUUGGUACACAUUCCUUCAUAUACUGUGUUCUCAAACUUCCCAGUGUUCAGAAGAAAACAGAUUUAUCUUGCUCAAUCUAUGGACUUUUCUCCCAGAAGUGGUUUUUUCUCUGUAGCAAAUAACAAAGGCAAAGCUUUGUUAUUUAGGCUGAAACAUUAUUCAGAUUUUUGAAAGAAUGUACAGGAGAAAAUGGACCAGUAAUCAAGGUGUUGUAACCUGCAGAUACAAGUACACUGACAAAAUCAAACAAGUUUUUUUAUUUUGUAUGGAAAUUCAAAAAUACUAAUAUAACAUCUAUGGUUUUGAAUGUUGUUUCUUAAUAAAAAGUUUCCAGGCAA